CAGUAGAUGUUGCUUUGGAAAGCUCUUAUGUUGCGACAUGGCUUCUGGCCCGCUGUUGGUUUGCUGGCUGGAGGACUCAGAUGUCCCUCGGUGGGUAUUGCCGGCCUCGCGAGGUAUGCAACUGGACCCAGGCAGCCGCUGGCUUUGCUACCCAGCUGGCAGGAAUACCAGAAGAGCGGUUUGGAUGCCUGGAUGGGCCCACCGAUCAAAAUUUUCAUCGGUCAUCGUGCACGGCAAGUUUCAAUUGCAUCAAGGCUCUACUGGCCAACCAAGCCUUGACGGUCUGCGAUUUAAACGCGUCCGCCUGAGGGACCGUAGCAUCUCUGAUGAGUUGCGCAAGGCUGAUGCCCAUGGGGUCAGCGUGCUGCCUAGAAGCGGGCAUUUGGUGGUGGCUGAGCAGGAGGUAACUUGGCAGCUGCGUCCGCCCCCUGCUUUGCGUGCACUCUACACGACUGGAACUUGCAAAGAGGAACACUAUCUCCAGAUGCUGCGGGAACUGGUAGGGCUCCUCAACUUCCGAGCGGUGAGCGGAGCUGUCCGAGGAGUGGAUGGCAAGGACAUGAGGGCUGCUACACAUGGCCUCCAGCAGUGUCAGGCACCUCCAGCGGUGUGUGAACUUGGAGCCAUUGCAGUGCUUCUGCUGGGGGCAGGGCGGGCAGCGCUGGGAUUGCUUCGUGGGUUAGACCAGAGUGGAAGCGAUUUGCAAGAGCACAAGGUGAUUAAGACCUACGCGGUGCGUGGGAGUGAGAAGAAAGGCACUGGUCGCUUCCAACUCUUUGAGGACGCCAAGAAACGCGGCAGGGGCUGCAAGUCCGAAGGGGCCAAGUUGCGGCGACAGAAUGCCAUUCGAUUCUUUGAAAAGAUCAAUGCCAAGUUUGCUGAAUGGGGAUCUGAGUUGCAGCGCUUGAGGAAAGAAGAGCCUGAGCUGAGCCAGGGUUUGUGCCGAGCCUGGCCGCCCAGUGUCGUCUUUUUCAGCGGAGACCUGCGACUUCGUAGACUCUUGCUUGAUUGUAAGAAUCCACGCUGUCCGCUUCCAGAUGUCUCGCAAGCUCUUGAUGCCCCUGAGCGCUGGAACAUGUCAUUGAUUUCGAGGAGAGAGGUCUUUGGAUCAAAGUCCCUGGACCCUACGGUGACUUGGAUCCGAGCCUGGAGGCCUUGCAGCGCACAACACGAUUCUUGUGUGCUGGGGAAGUCGCCGAGAAACCAAGUGAAAUCGAGGACCAGAAGGACCAAACCACGCUGAAUGAUCCGCAGUCAUGACCAAGGCUUCGAGCGAGCGGGAGAGGACAGAUGGGUAGGGAUGGGUAGGGAUGAAAAAAAGGGGUGGGCUUUGGACUGUAGAUUCCAUAUAUCUGGUCCCACGAGACUUGGGAUUCUACAGGCAACUUUUAAAAAUGCCUUGGGAGUUAGGAAUUAGAUAUAGCCAAAAAUGCACGGAACAAAUAAGAGAGGAUAUAGUGGAUGAAAAAUGCAAGAGGGAACAGUGGGUGUCCGCUGGCAGGUGAGUUAGGAAAUAGUGGUUUGGGGGAAGGAGAAAACAAGAAGUGGCUCCACACUCUUCUUUCCCCAUUCAUUCCUGAGCUCAAGUCAACCUUCGUGUGUAUGUGUUCUCUGGCAGCUCCAGCAUGCCACGACUUUAUGGCCAUUACCAGCUCACAUGCACAUGAGUUGGGACUAUAUAAGUUGCUAGCUUUUGCCCAAGUAUGGGAUCGGAACGCUAGAGUAAACAUCCUUAAAUCAAGCUUAAGCUUGCUAAUAAUGCUUGCUAUGUUGCCAUGAAUCGGUGAAGGCAGAUGAGUUGUGUUCGGCCAGACGGCCAGUGUAUGUUCCGCAACUCCCAACCCAUGUGUGACCAGUAUAUAUAUAUAUUUAGUAGAUUAGUAGAUGUUACAGGACACUCAUGUUGUGCCACUGAAAGCGGUCAAACUUUGAGCUGUAUUAUACAUAUAGCUGUUGGCCUGGUCCUAUUUUAUAUGCUUUGCCAAUCCAUGACAGUCACAAGUUGCCUAGGUUUGGAGGUUGCAGUUUAGCUACCUGGUAUUACCUGGAGAGCUAGGUGACCCCAAAGCCAGAUGAGUUUUGAGCCCGACCUGCCUAUGCAGUUACUUUGAGUCAGCUUGGUUCCAGGGUCCAAGGUUGUGAGUUUCUUGAUUGGUUUGCUCUGUCGCAAGUUCCGCAAGAUUGAAGAAGUGGUAUCUUGUGCCAUUGGAAUCCUUAUCGUUGGGCUCUCCACUGUGGAAUGUGCAAAGCAGCUCCUCAACAACAUUGCCAUUUGUUGCCCGAAAGUUUGACCAUUUUCAAGUACGCCCGGAGAAUGAAAAAAUCCCAAGAGUUUGGCAAUUUGGAGGCGUUGUUUGAUUGUCAUGUCAUACAGUAGCAGCACUUUAUUCUUGUGGGUGGCGGGCAAGGUGUGGUCUAUGCUUUCAUGACACGCCCAUGCUGGUUCCUCACACCUGCCUGCAGGCAAUUUCCUUCGAGGCCCGUGCUGAUCCCUCGACUCGGGCGGUGGUGCGAACCCGCUAUUGAAGUGGCCAGGUUCCUCUGUACCGCCUUUUCAGUAUUGGACAUAGAACGAGCCGCGAGUGGAGCGGCCAACGCCUCUCGUUGUGGCCUCAACUCGUAGCGAAGAGCGCCAUGUAGACAUUGAAGCCAAAUGAACGCAACGGCGAAAAGGUGUGUCAUGUCAGCGUGCCGCUAGAUGCAAAUCCGGUCCUCCGUAGUUCUAUUGCCUCGAUACCCCUUUCGUUAGACAGCGGUGAAUACUCAAGCGGCUGCUCCGAGAAUGUGAGUGCUCAAGUUGCAUCAAUCAACA